AUGGAACAGUUGUCAAGCUCGAAAAUCACUCUUAUUGUACCAAAACAACAUGUCAAGACUGUGAAACAGGCGCUCGAACGGGCUGGUCAGCUUGAUCGAAGUAGCAAAAUCACUCCUGAGUCACCGAACAAGAAGAAACACACAGCCACCAGGAAUGUUGUUGUAUCCAGAAACGACAAUGAUCGCGCUGAGCCUGGCCGGUCCUUAGCAGCCACUCCUGCACAUACACCCGUAGCCAUACAGGGACCCCCAAGCUCCUUACACCAGACACAAUUCCCAGAGCUAUGUUCCGAUGCGAUCGGGGGUUGUUUCAUCCACCCGGAAUUUUUCCAAGACAAUUGUCAACUCGAAGACCAAGUAAGAACCUAUCAGAGCUCGAGCCACACGACCACAACCCUUUGUGAUACGAGUGACCGAGUAUCUAGAAGCAAGGAACAGCAACGCAUGUGUAUCCCUACAACCAUCCUUUAUCCUCAGCACUCGGAUGGAUUAGAAAGAAUCUCAGAUGCGCAAAAGAUUAGCGACCUGAAGCUAAGAUUGUUGCAAGAUCUCGCCCUCAGCGGAUUAUCUCAGGACGUUUCGAUCUCACACGAUGCCCCUGUUAAAACCUUGGCCCUAAGACGAACACAUCGGAAUCCAGUUCACAAAGCUCUGGAGGAGUUUCUUACUUCCUUCCUUAAAUUGUUGCCUUCACCGCAAGCACUCACAGUCGAGGCGCUCGUCUCCAGUUUUCCAGAAGGGUAUUCUGUCUACAAUCCAAUGCUUCUCCUUCCACACAAUGCCUUUUCCUCCGCACCGUGGAAAAGCCUCAUUGCCACGCAUGCAGUGAACUCAGACGCGAUGAUACCAUUAUGGCAGAGUAUGGCAGAAGCAGUAGGCGCAACACAUGUCGCCAUGAAUUCUCCUAUACCACUUUCAACCACGACCACGACAGCAUCGUCAGCCGGAAUGACCAAUUCAGAAAACAUACUUCGUAGUCCAGUGAAUUUAACACCUCUAUACGGAGACUUUGGAAGUACGCCAACACCACAAACAAUCUCUGACCCCACCGCAAUAGACUUUGCCAACGCUUUAUGGGUGACUACACGCCAGAAUGGGAUAUGGCAAACCUGGGCUCCGCUCUAUACGAUGUUCAGCCGUGGCAACAUUCGUGAGAAGGCACGAAUCUUGAAUCUGCCUACUCUCACUACUGGUCUUAACACUGCAUCGGCUGCUAUCGAUCUCUAUGCCGGAAUCGGCUACUUUGCUUUCUCAUACAGGAAGAGUAGUAAAGCAUUGGAGAGAGGCAUCAAGCAAGUCUUGUGCUGGGAGCUUAAUCCAUGGAGCGUAGAAGGGUUACGAAGAGGUGCAGAGAUGAAUAGAUGGACAUGUCGAGUGCUUAAACAAGAGGACAUUCUGCGGCUACGACAAAGGGGCCAACCUGGCGACUCAGAUCUCGAGGAUGCAGACUUUGUGGUCCUCGAGACAAGCAACGAGGCCGCUGACCUGGACUACCCGUCACUUCGGUUGCCAAGAUUACCGGUUCGGCAUGUCAAUCUCGGCUUGUUGCCUUCUUCCAAGCUCUCGUGGCGUGUGGCGGUCGCUAUGCUCGAUACAAAACGACAGGGAUGGAUUCAUGUGCACGAAAACGUUGAUGUCAAAGACGUUGACAGCAUGAAAAAUGAAGUAGAGAAGACAUUCCAGGAUUUGCUAUACACCAUCGACGGCGGACAUGAGAGACGGGUCUGUGUGGUUCAUGUGGAGAGGGUGAAAAUGUACGCCCCAGGUUAA